AUAUUUUUCCUAUAACUGUUGAUGAAUGAAAUUCAAUCAUAAUAUAAAUUUGCCGCCGUUUUAUAUUUUUUAGAAAUUUAUUACCGACAAAGACAUGAAAGUAUACACAUACGAUCGAGACAUGCCUCUGAUAUUUAUUGGCGGCGUGCCGAGGUCCGGUACAACUCUUAUGAGAGCAAUGUUAGACGCACAUCCUGACGUUCGAUGUGGUCAAGAGACUAGGGUUGUGCCCAGGAUCUUACAAAUGCGCAACCAUUGGUACAAAUCGUCUAAAGAGACGUUGAGACUGAAGGAGGCUGGAGUUUCAGAAGAAGUGGUCAAUUCGGCAGUGGCCGCUUUUAUUCUAGAAGUGAUCGCACGGCAUGGUGUUCCGGCCCCGCGAUUGUGCAACAAAGAUCCUCUUGCACUCAAAUCAAUGGAUUAUCUGAAAGUUCUGUUCCCAAAUGCCAAAUACAUUUUCAUGGUGCGUGACGGCAGGGCCACAGUACAUUCGAUUAUAUCGCGAAAGGUGACAAUCACUGGUUUUGAUUUGACCAGUUACAGACAGUGCUUGGAAAAAUGGGAUGAUGCUAUCAGUAUCAUGUAUAAAAACUGUCAAAAAGUAGGACCAACGCACUGUUUAAUGGUAUAUUACGAAGAAUUAGUGUUAAGACCUCGUGAUACAUUGACUCACAUACUGAAAUUUUUAAACAUACCAUGGAAUGAAACGGUUCUCCAUCACAAUGAAAUGAUAAACAAACCAGGAGGAAUCGCCUUAUCGAUGGUGGAACGUUCUUCGGACCAAGUUGUUAAACCCUUGUACCAAGAAGCGUUAACUAAAUGGGUUGGUCAAAUUCCUGAUGAUGUUGUAGCUGAAAUGGAUAGUAUUGCACCUAUGUUGUCUGUUCUGGGGUAUGAUCCAAUGGCAAACCCGCCUGUUUAUGCGAUUCCAGAGAACGAACAACAAAAUAGUAGUUCUAAUGUUGAUAUUAUAGAAAAAGAAUCUACUGAAAGAUAGUGAAUUCUAUCUUUAGCCAAACCUACUUUAUUUUUCAUGUUAUUGAAAAUAUGUAAAUAUAAAUAAAUGUAAUUUUACAACAUAUAUUUUGUAUAUAUUAUUAUUUUUUCAUUUUAUAUUGUCUCAUGUUGGGUAUUAUAGUUAAUAAUGAUUAUUUUGUUUUUAUACUUAUAUUUUGUACUUAUUAUAUAUUUGUAUUACAGCAGUAAAUUCUGUAAAUUUUUUUUAAUUGAAUUAAAUAUAUUCGACAAUCUUUAAA